GUCCGAACCCGGAGCUCAUCCAAGCAGCUCAUCCACAGUGAUUCAGUGUUUGUUCGAUAAAUUUCGUGUAACAAAUUCCACCCGGUAGGGGCAAAAUGCAUCGACGGCCCUGCGGAGCUUUGCAACGCGUCGUGUUGCUGUUGCCGGUGGUAGUGAUGGUGUUACUGAGUGACAACAAUUUAUCGACCGUUUCCGGCGCAUCUAGCAACCCGCUGGCGGAUGACGAGGAAGUGGCAAACACUACCAUGGGUAUUGUUGAUAACGUGUCCACGGCUCGGGCCGCCAUCGAGCGUUUCAAACAGAGCGUCCCGACGGUAGACUAUCUGCAGCUUGCCAGUGCCGGACUACAGGAGUACGUUACGAAUGUCACUACUCGAUUCGAGGCCACAUUCAAAGACUUUACAACGCGCGAGCUAGAAUCGGUACAGCACGCACUGAUCGAGACGAUUCGGUAUCUGAACGGAUACGAUUCGGUAAACAGCAUCUCGAUGCUCCAGAAUCUCGACUACAGCAUGUACAAUCACAACCUGAUGCGCUCGAUAAACAGCGAUCUGCGGAUUGCUUCGAUCAGCCUCUCCGAGGCUCUGUUCGACCAGCGUGACGUGAGCGUGGCUGUGGAUGACAUCUUUGCCGCCACCGACAAGCUCCAGGAAAACGUACUCCGGCUAGCGGACGUUAUCGAAAAAGGUGAAGCAUGGACAGUGGAAACCAAUGCACGCGCACUGGCCGCUCAGCAAGGUUUUAACGAAUCGAUCGACUCGUAUCUGAACGGUUCGCUCACACAGGUGGAAGAUAUCGUCACAGCGCUAGACGAUCUUCGCACGUACGAGGAAGAUAUGUACCGACGGUGGAAAGAGAAAAUACCCACCGCUACGUUCCCCAAAUCCACCACCAGCUACUUUAUCGCGCUGAAAAAAGCGCUCGAAAACACCAUCCAGAAGAUACGGAUCAACUUCGAGAACCUGAAGCUGUACAAGCACCGUGACAUUGAACAGUGGAAAUCGCGCGGCUCGAUCACGGCCCCGAUCGGCUACAUGACGCAGGUUGCGGUGCAGGUUGCGUCCGACCCGAUGCUCUCGAACGACUGCACCGAAUCGUACAUCGAGAAGAUACUGGCCUUCCCGAACUUUACCCUGGCCCACGUGACCGGGUGCCUGGCGGAGCAGACGGCGAACGAGGAGAAAACGUUCGCGAUCAUCUCGCAGGUGCUCGAUACGUACGUGGUGGGUGCGAUCAAUGCGUCGUACGGUGCGUUUGACAUCUGUUUCCGCUAUGCACCGCGCAAGCUUAACUACUGUUUGGAGUUGGUAAGGCAAUGACUCACUUCGGGGGAGAAGAAUUCUUUAAGAGUUUUAUGUUUCUUUUUGUAGAAUGGAUAUGAAAACAAUUGGGCGAAUGGAAGAAUUUAUAAUGCGGCGAAGCAGGUUGAGUCGUUCGUGGACAGUGAGAUCCAGCACAACUUCAACUCGUGUGUGGCUCAGAAUGGGUACUUCCUGAACUACCACAACAUCCAGGAGAUGUGCAUCUACAGCAA